AUGGUCGUCAAGUCAUUUUAUGCGCUCUCUCUCCUUGCGGUCUGUGGCAUCGUCUCAGGUCUCCCCGCCGACAUCCAGACUAAAGUUUCUCCUACCACCACCCUUGAUUCGUCCGGGAGGGGAACUAUAUACUAUCAGAUGGGGGCAGCAGGCUCAUGUGGCGCAGUGCACGGAGAUGGAGACUACAUCGUUGCUCUAGGCCCCAAUUACAUGAAAGGCCCUAAGAGCCCUUACUGUGGUAGACGUAUAUCUGCUAAGAACACCAGCAAUGGAAAGACUGUUACCGUCACUGUGGCUGAUACCUGUCCAACUUGCGGACCUGGAGAUAUUGACUUUGCCCUUGGCCCAUGGAAUGCCUUGACCAACAAUGCUUCCCCUGGAGUUUUCCCUCUCUCCUGGUAUGUGCUAUAG